AUGGGUUUCAUUCUGUCCGUGGCUUCCGUGGGCUGCAAGCCACACGCAGCCCUUGCAGUAGGAGUCGCGGAGCGAGCGCACAGCGGGCGCGGGCGCGGGAACGAGCGCGAGAGCAAGCGCGGGAACGAGCGCGAGAGCGGGAGCGAGCGGGGGAACCAGCGCGAGAGCGGGAACGAGCGGGAGAGCGAGCGCGGGAACGAGCGCGAGAGCGGGAGCGAGCGCGGGAACGAGAAGGGGAGCGGGAGCGAGCGCGGGAAAGAGCGCGAGAGCGAGCGCGGGAACGAGCGCGGGAGCGAGCUCGCAGCCGGCCCGCCCGCCGAGGGGCGCUGUUUCGCAGCCGCGCAGCUGGAAUUUAAAGAGACAGAUGCGCGGCGGGGGCGGGGCCCCGGCACCUCCCCGGGCGCCCACCCGCCGCGGCGGACCCCGCAGGCCCAGGCCUCCCUCCGCUCCCGCCGCUGA